AUGGGGCAAGGUCAGAGCGCAGAGAAGAAAGAGUACGAUAGAAAAUACAAAGAGCAUAAAAAGUUCAUUGACAGUAAGGUUGGCUGUACUCCAACACCAGUGGAAGUUGAUUGCCAUAAGAAGUUCCUCGCAGGUUGGAAACGAGAUCAGGAUAGUAGAUAUAUCGUCAGGUUACCUUUAAAAAAUAACGAGCCCAUGGACAGUUUGAAAUCCGGUAUUUUUAAAACGGCUAAUUAUAUGUUGAAAUCUAUGGAUAGAAAGUUUCAGAAGGAUUCUAAGCUACAGUCUGAUUAUUGUAAGUUCUUGAAAGAAUAUUUAGACUUAGGUCAUAUGGAGCUUAGUUGUGAGGAAGAAGCAAAGUGUUUUUUAUCUCGUUUCGCCGCUUUAAGAAAUGAAAGUUCAACUACGAAGCUUAGAGUAGUAUUCAAUGGUUCAUGCAAGGUUAACUCUAGUGGAUCAUUGAAUGAUUUUCUUCACAUUAGAUCCAACUUAUUGUGUAAUCUCUUUGACUUAGUUGUACGGUGGCGUAAUUAUUCCCAUGUCUUCAUAGCCAACAUAGAGAAAAUGUUUAGGCAAAUAGGAGUUGAUGUCCUUAAACAGGUUUUUCAGUCGAUUCUCUGGCGUUUUGACCCAUCGCAAGAUAUCCGAGUUUACAAACUCACAACAGUGACUUAUGGUUUAGCUUGUUCUCCUUACCUAGCCUGUAGGGUAAUCAAACUGUCAGCCAACAAUUAUCGAGAUCAAUAUCCUAAGGGAGCUAGCGUUCUUGAUUCAGAAAUUUAUAUGGAUGACGUCUUGUCAGGAGGGCACAGUGCGAAUGAAGCUAAAGUUAAACUAGAUGAGUUGAAUUGUAUAACAGAAUUGGGGAAAAUUCCUUUGAGAAAGUGGUCUUCCAAUAGUCCCGACUUAUUUGAAAAUUUGCCAACUUCGUUCCUUUCAAAUCGUCCUGUAGACUUGAAAGACAAUAAAGAAAUUGCCUCAGUAGUAGGACUGAUUUGGGAUCCUCAUGCAGAUAACUUGUUGGUUAUCACCUACUAUUAUCGUUGUUUAGAUGCUUAUGGAGUCGUUCUGGUUAUAUAA